AAAAUCUCAACGCGUACAAAAAAAACUACAAAAUCCUACUGUAAGAUCCUAAUAGGAUCCUGUAGUCAGAUCUUGUAGAAUCUUGCAAGAUCCUAUUGAAGGAUUACAGUAGGAUUUUAUCUGAUUUUCUGCUGGUUUAUCCUGCUAGGUUUAUUGUUUUAUCUGUUUAAUUAUUAUCUGAUCUUAGCUAGUCAGAAUCAGGUGAUUCUGAGCUGAGAUAAGCCCACGACUUGUGAGAUUUACACACUUUAUUUUUUACAAUGUGAGACUGCUAACUGUCAGAUGAAACUUAGUUUGACUUGGUUUAUGUGAAAAUUACAAGAUCUGGUAUAAAAAGUCACUUUGAAUAGUUCAUGCAAGCGAAAGAGUUCAAAGACGCUCAGAAUUGAAUGUAUAAGAGGCCGUUCAACUGUCGGUUAAUCUUAUCUCUAUAACACACACUAGCUUAUAAGAUAAAGAGCACACUUUUCUAUCUGAUAUUUUAGUUGUUCUCGUUUACAAAUAUUGGUCCAUUGUCUUUUAACACCGCCGUCAAAUUUGUUAAUUGUAUGUCAUGGAUUAAUUCAUGAUAAUAUUCGAGAAACAUGGCAAUUAAAAGAAAUGCAUUGCGUGGUUUUACAAUGGAUGUUUUUGUCGACAUCAUCAAUUUGGUUCAUUACCGAUUUAGUCGGACGAUCAAGUUGGAAGUCAAAGGAAUUUCGUCUUCAAAAUAUAAUAAAAAUGUUUGAAAACUUGAAAUAUCGCAAUGAUUAUUUUGAUUUAUUUAUUGAUGCCCUAUCAACUUUGACAAUAAAUAGUGACGACAAUGUAUAUAAAAAAGAGCCAAUAACGUCAAAACAAGCGUUAUACCUGUAUCAAAUGUUUUCAAUUUUAUCCGUUUUAUUAACAAACAGUACACAAUAUGAAACAUAUUUUCGUGAAAGAUAUUUGGAAGAAUUUACUUAUUUUUUAAAAGAAGAAUUGAUAUUAUCUAAAAUUGCCAUACAAUAUCCAGUGUACCGUUUUCUACCGAAACUUAUUAAAAAUGUUAUUCAUCGUAUAAUGUAUGGUGCAAUGAAUGCAACAAAUCUAGAGAGCCAAUUGGAAGCAUGGUGUCAACAAAAUUCAGUUAUACCUGAUGAUGAUGAUAAACCUUGGGUACUAAAAUAUCAUAUUGAAUAUGAAGAUGAAAUUGAUGAUGGUGAUGAUGAUGGAAAUAAAUUUCGAUUCUGUGUGAUAUUGUGUGAUAGUUUGGAAGGACAUUGA